UUUCUCCUUCUCUUUUCCUUUUCAUCGUCCCGCCUCUUCCAGGAAGCUAACAGUACAAUUUUUUUUUUUUUCUUCUGUUAAACUUUCGUCUGGUUUCAAGUCUCUCAUCUUUCUUUCUCUAAACUAUUGAAUCAGAAACUAAGUUUUCUGAAAAUGGAUAUUGAUUCUGAUUUUGACAAAACAAACGUUAAAUCCGCCGAUGAAGAUUCAUCCAUGCAGUUGGAUUCGAAGGGAGAUGCUGAAGAGAAAGAAAAGCUUACUGAAUCAAUGGACAAGCUAAACAUGAAGCAAUCGCCUUCGGAACAGGCUGAGUCUUCCUCGAUAACUUUCAAAAGAAAACCAGUUGUCAUCAUUGUUGUAGGAAUGGCAGGUAGUGGGAAGACAACUUUUCUUCAUAGGUUGGUUGCCCACACGCAAGCUUCGAAAAUCCGUGGUUAUGUACUCAAUCUGGAUCCUGCUGUGAUGACUCUUCCAUUUGGCGCUAACAUUGACAUAAGAGAUACUGUUCGGUACAAGGAAGUCAUGAAGCAGUUUAAUCUUGGACCUAAUGGUGGAAUUUUGACGUCUUUGAACUUGUUUGCUACAAAGUUUGAUGAGGUUAUUUCAGUUAUUGAGAAGAGGGCAGAUCAGCUUGAUUAUGUCUUAGUAGAUACACCAGGUCAAAUUGAGAUAUUUACUUGGUCUGCUUCUGGAGCUAUCAUUACAGAAGCUUUUGCUUCAACAUUUCCAACUAUAAUUGCAUAUGUAGUUGAUACACCUCGCUCCUCAAGCCCAACUACUUUUAUGAGCAAUAUGCUUUAUGCUUGUAGCAUACUUUACAAGACACGGUUACCUCUUGUUUUGGCAUUCAACAAGACAGACGUGGCUCAACACCAGUUUGCUUUGGAGUGGAUAGAAGAUUUUGAAGCUUUUCAAGCUGCAGUCAGUUCAGAUCACUCGUAUUCUUCCACUUUAACUCAAAGUCUUUCACUUGUGCUUGAUGAAUUCUAUAAAAAUUUAAAAUCAGUUGGCGUUUCUGCGGUUUCUGGAGCUGGAAUGGAGGCCUUCUUUAAGGCUGUUGACGCAAGUGCUGAGGAAUAUAUGGAAACAUACAAGGCUGAACUUGAUAAGAGACGGGAAGAGAAGCAACGUUUGGAGGAAGAACGCCGAAGAGAGAACAUGGAAAAGCUGAGGAAAGAUAUGGAGAAAUCUGGGGGAGAAACUGUGGUAUUGAGCACUGGCUUGAAGGACAAAGCUAGAAUGGAGGAUAAUGAGGAAGAAGAAGACGAAGAUGAGUGUUUGGAAAGAUUUUCAGAAGAUGAAGAUGAUAUUGAUGAGGAUGAAGAUGAUGAAAUGUCAAGAUUCUCAUAUUAGUCCAACUGUUUACAAAGAACAAGUUUCUCAAGACUUCCAUCAUUUUGUUGAUCAAAAUAUGAAAAGGACAUAAAAUUGGUGCUUCUCAUAUGCAUUGUUAAUUUUCUUUUAGAACCAUUAACUCGGGUAUGUUUGAUCAGUUUGGAGGCCGGCAAAAAGGUCGAAGAAGAAGAGGAAUGGCUUACGAAAUCUCCAUUUUCAAUUUUGUUUAACCAUGGUUUGGGAUUGUUAGGUGCAAAAUGUCAUGUGAUUAAAUUUUAAAAAAUAUCAUGUAAUCAAGUUCCUGUUUGUUUGUA